AUGUAUGACCAGCAGCUGCGAAUGUCAGUCAAUCAGAGUCCAGUGUUGGGCAUUAGACAUCUGCAGGCGUUACUCAUAUUUCUGGGUAUAGCUUCUCUCUACAUGCAACGCCACAACGUGGGUAUUUCGAUUGUUGCUAUGACCAACGCAAAUGCGACGAAUACAGAUUUUCCGGAAUUCGCAUGGUCAGAAAAGCAGCAGGCAUUAGUAUUGUCGAGCUUCUAUUGGGGCUAUAUAUUGACAAGAUAUUUGGGGGAGUACUUUAGCAGAUUAUUUGGAGUAAAGCGCGUUAUGUUUUGGAGCGCUAUGGGAUCCGCAGUCCUGAGUUUGGCAACGGCCUUCUGCGUCAAAUUGGGCGAUGGAUGGACGUCUUAUUGUGCGGUACGUUUCCUACAGGGUCUCUUCCAAGCGCUGACUGCUGAUUGUGUUGAUCAGCAUUUGGUGCGCUGGUGUCCGAGUAAGGAGCAUAGUCGACUCAGCGCAUUGAGCUACACCGGCGCGGAGUUCGGCAGUGUGCUGGCCAUGCUUAUUAGUGGCAUAGUGGCGAGAAGUUCUUGGGGCUGGCCGGGCAUAUCGUAUGUGGCGGCAGGGUUUGGCUUUGUGUGGUGCCUGCUGUGGUUUGUCUUCUCCACCAACUAUCCAAAGCAGUCGCGCUUUAUUGGCCAACCAGAGCUCGAGUAUAUAGAAUCCACUAGGGAUGUUGAGGGGGAGGGAACGCCCACGCCUUGGCGCACCAUUCUGAUGUCGAGUGCGGUCUGGGGCUUAAUUUUGGGUCGCUGCACCAUCAAAUGGGGUCUGAGCACGCUGCAGGCUCUACUCCCUUCCUAUAUGGUUGGCGUGCUUCAACUGGACAUGCUGAGCAUCGCCCUUUACUCGGCUCUACCCUUCCUCGCCAUGUGGAGCAUGGUCUAUGUCUAUAUGGUGAUCGCCGAUUUUGUACUGGAAAGGAAGUGGCUUAACCCGAAAACCCUGCGCAGGCUACUCAACACCUCUGCCUCCUGGAUAUCCGCGUCCACGCUUCUCGCCAUCGGCUUCGUGGAUGGUGAGCAGACGGCCUCAGCCAUUGUCCUGAUGACCAUCAGCGUGGGCGUGAAUAGUGGCGCCAUCAUUGGCAGCACCAUCGACAGCAUGAAUCUCUCGCCCAGCCAUGCCAGCAGACUGAUGAGCUUCGUCAACACAGCCGUCAGCACCGUACCCAUCCUAACGCCACUCGUCUUCAGCGCCGUUCUCGAUAGCAAUAAUAAUCGCUCGCAAUGGCAAAUUGUAUUCUUGGUUGCAUCGGUCAUUCUUUUCAUAGGUAAUGGCCUCCUCUUGCUGAAAGGUUUAUUUGACUUCGUGGCCACAAAAGUCAAGAAAAGGUUCGACGCUGCUGUGGAUUUGAGUCUCAAAGUAGCUUAA